GCACCUUAUCAGUGAAAACGCUGUGAUCUCUGCUCUGGAGAUAAGGCUCAUAUAAAUGAUUUGCCAUCUGUCGUUGUGUUGUUCCGCAGCUCUUUACAAAGACGACAUUUUUUAAUUCUGAGGACAGUAGAAAGAACAGGGCAGCGGGAGAGGAUGGGAGAACGAGAGGUCAAUCAGAGAGAAAACAUAGGCAUGGCAGAAAGGGCGAGGCCGCAGUCUAACCGCCAAGGACAAAAGACAGACCUUUAUCUGGGCUUUUUAACAAAACAACAACUGAUAAUCAUAUCUGUGGCUGUUGGACUCGUCGUCCUGGUGAUUAUCAUCACGGUCGCAGCCGUGCUCGGCACAAAGUCAGGUUCCUCGGCUCCUCGGCCCUCGUUUUCUACCGACGGAGACAUGCUGGACUUCCUGGUUCAGUCGGGUGACAUCAGCGAACCCGACGGUCUGUUGGCUACCUGGUUUCACAGAGCUAACAGCAAGGAGGAAAUGAACACGGCUCUCGCGAGUGGUGUUAUGAUCCUGGAGGCUGAUAUCACUCUGGAGGGUUAUGGAACACCCAGUGAGAAGCCAAUCCCUAUCAUGGCCCACCCUCCUGCCAUCUACAGUAACAACACUCUGGACCAGUGGUUGGAUGCUGUGCUGGCCUCUAGAAAAGGCAUGAAGUUGGAUUUUAAGUCUCUGAGAUCGGUGGGUUUGUCAUUGGACCUGCUUACUCAAAAGAACAGUAGCAGAGGAAUAAACAGGCCUGUGUGGGUUAAUGCUGACAUCCUCCGAGGUCCCAACGCACCAGCCUUCCUGCCUCUAGUCAACGGAACCAGAUUUCUGCAGUUGAUUCAGGAGAAGUUUCCAGAUGUGACUUUGUCUCCUGGAUGGAAGGUAGCCUACGCUCCUCCAUUCUUCAUUGAAACCUACACCAGGGCCAUGGUGGAAGAAAUGUAUGAUAUGAUCAAAGAUGUCCCCCAAAAGGUGACGUUCCCGGUCCAUGUCAUGUUGGUUCGCAGUGGCUGGCAGCACAUCAGCUGGCUCCUCAGCCAGUCGCCACGGUUCAGUCUGACAUUGUGGCAGGGUUCGAUUCACCCAAACAUCAGUGACCUGCUGUUCGUUCGUGAGAACAGCCAUCCCGCCAGGGUCUACUACGAUAUCUAUGAGCCAACGCUGUCUGCAUUCAAAGAGGGCGCAAGGCAGCAGGGCCUUCUGAGGAGAUUCUAUCCUGGAGGAGACCUGAUGGACUUCCUCUAUCCAGAUCACAACUCUGACAGCGACUUCCUGUCCACAGCCACACAACGCAACAGCCUGGCAGUCCGUUGGUUUAGAGUCACUGAUCAGACCUCCCUGUUGGCUCAGCUCUCAGGUGGUGAUGGUGGCAUGCUGGUGGUUCAGGUUGUCCCUCUGGUUGAAGGUUCUGGAAAGAGCUCAGCGGCUCUCACACUGCAGGACGUCCUGCAGCUGCUCGGGCAGAGAGCUGGUGCACCCUGGGGUGUUCACCUGCGGAUCCCCACUCAGCAGCUUCUGGAAGCUUCUCUCAGGCUGCUGCACUCGGCCUACAGCGGAGAGAGGCUCUACAGACCUGUGUGGAUCAGCAUGGAGGGUUUACAGAGCACUGAUAACACCAAGGAGUUUGUAGCCACAGUAGAGAGGCUGUUCCCGUACGUCACCGUCGUCCUGGCAGAGCAGAACUGGCCUCCUCUGAUCCCAGUGAUCCCAGGCUUGUCUCAGAGGGUGGCUCUACAUCUCAACGCGGCGUCACUGCCGACAGGACAGGAGGCGAUUAACUCUCUGAUGGGAAUGAUGGAUAGAUAUGACCUGUUAGUGGAGGAGGACACACAAAGCAGCGCUGGAGCUUUCGCUGUCUUCAAAGGACUUAUGACCCAGCGAAGGAGAGCUAACACAAACCUGUAUGUGAUAUCUGGCCAAUCCUAACUGAGGAUGGAUAUGACCAACACAUUGUUAAUCAUAGCCUGACUGGCUCAUUACUGAUCUAUCCGUGUAUACGCUGGCGAAUGUGGGGGGGAAUUAUCGUACAUAAUGCUGCCAUAAAGUGUGCUUGAGUUGUCUUGUCUUGCACUGAAAUAAAAUCAAAUGUAGGAUGCCA